AUGGCGGACAAUGACUCUCUAGGUGUUCAGCGCGGCAAUUACAAUUGGACUCUUCCCGGGCCACUUCUCCUUUUCCUUGGUCGCCUCGCCUGCAUCCCGCUGCAGUACUCCAUCAUCGCCUACCAUCCGUUGUCAAUACUAGGGUUUUCCCGGCCACCCACAGGCGGAUCAAUAGUCCUGCCCUGCUUACCAGCACAGUGGGCUACGCAACCACUAUCCCCGGUUGUCUUCCUCGCAAUGACGACCGCGCUUGUCGCGAAACAAGGCAUUUGGGUCUUAGGCAUCGGAAAUGAAUACAUGUCCAUUCCCUUUGCAACAUUUGGAGUGCUAGCCGACUUCAUCUAUGAAGGCAUUUCAGCGCUUGUAUUCACCGGUGCGGCUGUCAAUCCAUUCUGGCGCCCUUCCUUCCUUUAUGUUGGUGCCGCGAUUCAAAUGACUGCCGUACUGCUAGAACUCGCGGCCGAGCUGCACCGCAAGUCGUUCAAGUCCAAGGCAGAAAAUAAAGGAAAGCUAUACACGGAUAAACAUUGGGGACACUGCCGCCAUCCCAAUUUUGCGCUCAACGUUGUUUAUGGGGCUGCGUUUGGUUUCGCGGCCGGAGGUCCCAUUUAUGCGAUGUUGACGGGCGGGAUGUAUCUGAGCAACUUCACGCUGAAUGCUAUCAAGCCUAAGGAAGACUAUCUGGCAAAGAAGUACGGGGAGCAGUGGGAGCAAUACAAGAAGGAUGUCAGGUGGAAACUGUUCCCAGGCAUCUACUGA